AUGCCUACACUGAAACCGCUACCGGAUUGUGAAGGCCCAAAGCUAGAGUGUUUCACCGAUGAUCUCACCAAGCACGACUUCAAGUUCCUGGAAUAUCUCGGCUCUGGCUGUCACUCAGUCGUCGUUAAAGCCGAGAUUGAUGGCAAGAUCUAUGUCAUCAAGCUUUUCUUCCCUGUUUACGUGCACGAGCCGAACUUCGAAUUGGACCCCAUUGACGAAGACUAUUUCGUCGAAAGAGAAGAGAAAGAGCGACUGACCGCCAGUGAAAAGAUACCCCAGCAUGUGGUCGACAGUCUACGUGUUCAUGCGACUUCCUUCAACAACGAGUGUCGCGCCUACGGUCGACUCAAGGAGCUUGGUCGGGAGCAUCUUGCUGGCAAAGUGCAUGGCCACCUGCGCCUCUAUUUACACCAGAUUGACGAGCAGGUCCAAGCCGCGAUCAAGAAUACCAUACCGGAAGCCAAAUGGCCUACAAUACAAGUGAUGGAAAUGAUGGACGAUGAAGUUGACCUACCCAUCAUGGCUAUCGUCAAAGACUGGAUCCCCAACCACCGAAGUCCUACAGGCGAUAUGACAAGAGAAGCGGAACAGAGACACAUCAAUCACUUACCGCGCAUGCUUCGCAAUCUUCGCCAGCUCCAUAAAUGCGGCAUCGUUGUACGGGACCUCAAGUCUCAGCAGUAUUACGAAGGCCAGCUGUGUGACUUGAGCCACGCCUGGGCGAUUCCACAUGUUUUUGGCCCUGAGGGCGGGAUUCGACCGAGCUGGACCUUUGCAAGUAUGGCAGCUUGGGACCUGAAGUGUUUCCAUGAUAUGAUCGAAGAGGCAAAUGAAUCCGCGCUUCGGGCUGAGCCGCCACUCAAACCGAGUAACUCAGUUGCAAAGCGCAACGAUGAGCGCUAUGAAAGCCUUCGUCCUCGUCCAGGCAUGCAGCAACCUUUCCUUCCCAUGCUCAACUAUGAUGAAGGGGGUACCUAG